UUUUCCCGCUUUCAUGUGUAUACGAAUUUGCCUUCUUUCUUGUUUCUUCUUUUUCGUUUUCUCCAUGAACAACUGAAUAUGCAGAGCUCCACGUUUCGUUUGGCAUUUUUGGUAGUGUUGAUCUCUGUGCUUCUCUCUCUCAGAGAUCCUAGCAAGGGUGAACCACAAAACCAUGCUAUUCAUGGCAUUUCUCCCCCAAAACUUGAUCAUCAGCCUUCUCUGGAAUACGAUUUUUACCGCAAUUCUUGCCCAAAAGCUGAGUCCAUCGUCAGAUCGAGCAUGGCUCAAAUUUUCGCUGCCCACAGCGACACCCCUCCAGCUCUUUUGCGCCUGUUGUUCCAUGAUUGCUUUAUUCAGGGAUGUGAUGCUUCCAUACUUCUGGAUGAUAGCAAUGAGAGCACGAACCGAUCAGCUGAAAAGCUGGCCAUUCCUAAUCAGACCUUGAAGGGUUUUGACAAAGUCGAAAAGAUCAAGGAAGAGCUUGAAAAAGCUUGUCCUGGGGUUGUCUCUUGCGCUGAUAUUCUUGUGCUUGCCACCAGAGAUGGCAUUGUCCUGGCUGGUGGCCCAUUCUAUCCAGUUUUUACUGGAAGGAGAGACAGUAAUCAAUCCUACUUUCAAGAAGCCAUGGAUGAUAUUCCAAAGCCGGACGGUAAUAUUACUCAAACACUUGGUCUAUUCACUCUUAGAGGAUUCAAUGAAAGAGAAACAGUGAGUUUAUUAGGAGGUCAUAGCAUUGGCAAAAUCAGCUGUGAAUUCAUACAAGGACGCCUCUUCAACUUCUCGGGGACAGGGCAGCCAGACCCAAGUAUAGCCUCUGAUUUCCUUGAUGAAAUGAGACGGAAUUGCCAAGACAGUGGCAACAGCAGCAAUGGCACGGCUUCUCCUCCCAUGGUAUCAAGGGCUAUGAGUGAGUUAACCUUGGGGAUGACAUACUAUCAAGGAUUGUCAUCUUCAGUCUCAUCUGGUUCUGCUUUUGACACCCAUUACUACCAGAGCUUGCUGCAAGGGAGAGGACUUCUUUUUUCUGAUCAGCAAUUGAUGGCUGAAGAGAAGACAGAAAGAUUGGUCAGAGCUUAUGCUUCUGAUGAUGGGUCUACCUUUCAAAUAGACUUCGCUCGCUCUAUGAUGAAGAUGUCGAGCCUCAGUGUCCUGACUGGAUCUCAAGGUCAGGUCCGGCUCAACUGCUCAAAGAUGGUCAGCUCCUAACUGAACCCCAUAUUGGCAGCCUGAGAAGAUUUCCCAUGUUCUUCUUGCCUGUUUGGAAGACUUUGCUCCUUGUCUUGAAUAUAUUUUUUAUUGAAGAACAAACGAAUAUCUCUUCCUUUGCUCUUGUCUCUGCUCAUCUCAGGCAUUUGGCAUUGAUGCUGCAUAUGAAGACUGUUGACACGGCAGACAGAAAUCCCAUCAAGUGUAAUCUAGGCAGUUGAAAUCUUUAGUGUACAUGAAUACGGUUAACUCAGUAUACACAGCAUACAUCCUGUAACAUUGUGAUUGUUGAGCAAAUUACCAUCUCUCAUGUGUCUGUAUGCUUAAUAUCUAGUUCCAUACAAUAGAAAAAAACUCAAUAUACAUUGUAUUUCAUAUUAAAAUUCUGAAUCUAUUGCUCUGCUGCUUUUGUUCUC